CGGAUCACAGAGGGGUGUGCGCUCGGGUCCCGAUGCAUCUGCCAGAGCUGGGAGCUUGCGGAAGGGCGCGCGCGGGCCUAGUCUUAAGGGGUCGGAGGUCUCCAGAAGCCCUCAGCAUCCCUUCUUUCUUACUUAUACACCCCAGCCUCACGCGUUAGGCGUUCCCCCUGCAGACGGUGAGCCGGCGGCGGGAAGGUGGAGGUGGACGUAGCUCGCCGCCACGCGUACCACAGGAGAGCCAAAGCUUCUUUCUCAGCUGCUGGAGAGCACUUAGAAGAGGCGGAAGAUAUACCAUCAGGUCCUAGAAGGAGUCUACCACUUUCUUCUCUACCCUGAAGAGACUUGGAAAUUAAUGGGUAACAUUUUGCAUGAAAAUUACUGAAUGCUAUUCCUUCUUAUCUCUGAGGCCUUCUGUGGAGAAUUAAUAGGAGGUUGAGUAUGCAUGGAUAAAAUGGAUCAUCUUAAAGGAUUGAAGUUCCAAAAAUAUAUCGGCAGGACUGGACAGGUUUGACAUAAUGAGAUUUCUAUUUUAGCUUGACUUCUGGAACUCUGAAUAAACUAUAAACUGAGCCGCACAGGUCCUGGGAAGGAAGUUUCUCUUCUAAAAUAUUCUAGUUGCAUAUAACAUUUUCCUUAUUCAGAACCUUUGAAAAAAUAUAUUUACAUCUCAAUUUCCUGAGAAUUAAGACUAAUAGACACUUGCCAACUUUUAAUAUAUGAAGCGGGAUAGAAAGCAGCAAUUUGUAUCAUUUUGGAAAAGAAAUUUAAAGAAACAGACACCAGAGAGACAAGAAAUCUCUACAUAAGCACUGGUUGAGAUGGCAGAAGCUUCUGUGGAUGCCUCGACUCUGCCCGUAACAGUGAAGAAAAAGAAAAGUUUAUCCAUUGAAGAAAAGAUCGACAUUAUAAACGCAGUAGAAAGUGGCAAGAAAAAGGCAGAAAUUGCAGCUGAAUAUGGAAUAAAGAAAAAUUCACUGUCUUCUAUUAUGAAGAAUAAAGACAAAGUUCUAGAAGCCUUUGAAUCUCUGAGAUUUGAUCCAAAGAGAAAAAGACUGAGAACUGCUUUUUACACAGAUCUGGAAGAGGCAUUAAUGAGGUGGUAUCGAAUUGCUCAGUGUCUAAAUGUACCAGUUAAUGGUCCAAUGCUACGUCUAAAAGCUAAUGAUUUUGCACAGAAACUGGGACAUAAUGAUUUUAAGUGCAGUAACGGUUGGCUGGAUCGCUUUAAAUCCAGGUACGGUUUAGUAUUCAGAGCUCAACCUGUGGAAGCUACAGGUGUUUCAGUAGACCCUUCAACUGUCUGGCACCAAAAUGUACUUCCUUAUUAUUUAAAUGAUUAUCAUCCUAAAAAUGUUUUUAAUAUAAAAGAGACUGGGCUGCUUUAUCGAAUGUUACCUACAAAUACAUUUGCAUUUAAAGGAGAAACCUGCUCGAUUGGAAAGUUAUGCAAAGACAGAAUAACUCUAGUGGUUGGGACAAACAUGGAUGGCUCAGAGAAACUUCCUUUGCUCAUCAUUGGAAAACACAGAAAUCCACAUUGUUUCAAAGGUAUAAAAUCAUUGCCUGUGUGUUAUGAAGCUAACAGGAUGGCAUGGAUGACCUCAGAUGUAUUUGAACAAUGGAUGCGGAAGCUCGAUGAGAAAUUUCAAGCCCAGCAACGAAGAGUGGUGAUCUUUGUUGAUUCUUUUCCUUCACAUCCAGAGGUAAAGAACCUAAAGUCCAUUGAGUUAGCAUUCUUUCCAUCAUGUGUAUCUUCCAAAUUUAUAGCUAUGAAACAAGGUGUUAUUAAAAGCCUUAAAAUCAAAUAUCGACAUUGUCUUAUCAAAAAAUUUUUAAGCUCUGUUGAAGGCAGCAAAGAAUUUACAUUUUCCCUACUAGACGCAGUUGAUACUUUGCACCUUUGCUGGAGGGCUGUAACCCCCGAGACUAUUGUUAAGAGCUAUGAAGAGGCAGGAUUCAAAUCUCAAAAGGGAGAAAGUGACAAGACAAAUGCAGAGACAGACACUGGUCUUGAUUUGGUUGCCCAUGCUCAGGCAGCAGGUGUGGAAUUUCCUGAAGGUUUAUCUCUAGAAGAGUAUGCUGCCCUCGAUGAUGAUUUGGAGACCUGCAAAGCGGCACCAAAAGGUGAUUCUGUAUGGACCGAAGAGAGUAAAUCAGAUGAAACUGGGCUUUAUACUUCUGAUGAAGAGGAUGAUGGUGGAUCUCUAGGAACUGAGCUCCCUUUACCAUCAAAAAAUGAGGCCAUAACUGCUUUAGAUACUCUUAAAAGUUUUCUUAGAAGUCAAGAUAUGAAUGAGGAGCUUCAUAAUUCUUUAGCAGACCUUGAAAUUUUUAUUAACUCAUCAUCUAAAUAAUUAUCUGUGGUAUAACAUCUUUUCCUAAUGUAUUUUACUAGAUAAGGUAUAUGAAGGGAAACUACCACUUAAACACAAAAAAUUUAAAAACUAGCAAUCUUUAGUUUAAUUGCACAUGUCUUUGACCUGAAUAGCAAAGUUACCCUAGGUAGAUUAAAUAAAGAGUAAAUAAAUGAAAAAUAUGAAUUUCAACUUACCAAGGUUUUGGGGAGUAGAAACUGUAUUACAGAGGCCUUGUAUUUGAAAUAUAUGGUACAUAUGUCAAAAAUAGAAAACUCUCCAGCUAUUUGAUUCAUACAGGUUGAAUUGGUGAUUGCUAUUUUUCUCUUUUUUUUUUUAAAGCACAGAUCAUGUUCUAGAAUAUUUUAAUUUAUCUACCUCGUCUAGGAAAUAAAAUAUCUAUUACUUAGAUAUUUAUUUUUAUAAAGACAUAUAUUCUAGCCUCAUAUCAAGUAUUAAUUUUAAAUUACUUUAUUUUUCUUGUAACUAGCUUAUCUUGCUAACAGGAAAUUAUGAAUAAGCACUGAAAAUAAAACCUGACCCAAUUAUAUACCAAAAUGAUUAAAAAUAUAUGUCUCACUACUUUCCAGUUAUUUCUAUAUAAGGUCAAAUGAAAGACUAUGACCUUAUCAGAUUCUUUCUGUCAUCUAUAACCAGAAGAUGAUAUAGUUUCUUCCUAAAUAUUUAUAUGUAUGUGUGUACAUUUAAUAGAAAAAUACAUUACUGAAACAUUUGUUAAAUUCUUAUAAUAUAUUUUAAUAAGAUUACUCUUGAAAAGUAUAUAUGAAGAUAUAUAUGCAGUUACUAAAAAAGAAAAUAUCUUAUGUGGUUCUUAUGUUUCUAAUUUUAACAGCUGAAACUUUUAAUCUAUAAUAUUUAAUUAUUUCUUGAUUUUACUGAAUUUUAUUUUCAGGAAAAACUGAGUGUUUUCAGCAUAUUUUGAUAUAUUUAAUCUUUUUGUCUUUCAAAUUGUAUUAAAUUUCUGUUUGAGGAAGUUUUGUCUAUAGAAUAUUUGAAAAUACUGUAUGAAAUUAUUUACUCUCCAUCCAUAAAAUCGUCUUUAAAACUAGAAAAAUAUCAUGUGUCAGACUUUUCUGUUGUUACAUUUUAAAAGUCAUGCUUAUUUAAUGUAUUACAUAUAAGUUAGGGUACCCUUUGAAAAAUAUUUUGGAAAAGUGUAA